CAACGAUUCAUUCAUCAAUACGAAAACGCCACGAAGCGUGGCAUAUUCGUCAGGUUAUGUGACUGUUCGCCGUUUCGCGAUAAAGAUCCAUCCCGUUCGUCCAUCCACCAUGCAUGCAUGCAGCCAUGGCGCAAUGAAUUGAGGCGAGGCAACAGGCCUCCCUCGCAAAGGUAGGGGACCACGCAGGGGUGUCACUCCUUCUGGUCCAAAGCACUCGACCACUCAAUCAAUCACUCACUGCAAGGCCUGCCUGCACAUCUCUGCAAUGCGCUGGUUCAUCCUGCACACACACACAUCCACACAUGCGACCGUGUCGCUUGUGUGCGGCGCGGUGCGCUGCGCUGCCAGGCUCACUCACUUGAUGUCGUCCCCCCUGACUAUAAGGUCGAUCUGACCACCGGCGGCCACCUUGCCGUGUAGGAAGACCGGCGCGUUGGCGAGCGAAGGCAGCUGGCCCGCUCCGAUGCCCUCACUGCCGAUGAUCUCGACCACACAAAUAUUCAAUGCGUGCUGCAUAGCAUGGGACGGACAGGCAGAAUGAACCAGUGGGUGGGUGGGUGGGUGGGUGCUGGUCUGAUCAGUGGCCGACGUACCUUGAGUUUAUCCAUGAGGUCGGCACAGCUGGAAACGCCCCUGGCGCCGCCCACCGACACCCGCUGCUCGUGCUUUAAAGUGCCCCAAUGACCCCCCACCUACACCACAUGAGUGAGACACACAACACACAGAAACACAUAGAAGGAUUGACACCAUUGAUCUACCUCUCCCCUCCCCUCUGGCAACCACACCACCGUCCUACCUGUUGAGUGGUCCAGUGCAGCGGCACAAGCGGUGACGAGGCAGCGGCACUUACACCAACACCAGCACUCAACGUCGGCGCCACCGGCACAUCGAGCGAGAGGAUGUCCAUCUGGUCUGCCUGUUGGCUGCCGCUGACUGCAGCGUCAGGCUGACCCUCCUUGCCGCCCGUGACACUGGUCGUGGAAGCAGAAGUCGGGCCGACAAACCCGUCCGAGAGGUCCAGCAGGUCCACAUCCAGAUCGGCACCCCCACCACCACUGGCUGCCGACGUCGGCUGCGCGGCUGGCGGCUCAGCCACAACUACCCUCUGGCCGUGCAGAGCCCCCCGACCAACACCUGGCACCUGGUGUGCCGGCUGUGUGUGGGGGACAGUGGAUGGGGGCGGAGGGGGGCUGGUGGCGGUGGGUGCUGCCCCAGCCCCUAGGCCGAGGCCGCUGAAGAGCGCCGCAGCGGUCUUCUCCUUUUCUGUGAGCUCCCUCGCUGCCGCGGCUUUCGGCUGGGCCGCCUCUUGCGCACCGAGUGCUGGCCCGCCGAAUGGUCGUGUGGGCGACACGACGGCUGCCACAGUCGGAGGCUUGGCCUUGCUGUCCUGCUGUGCUGCCUGCGGCUGCGCUUGCCUGGCGUCGGCACCAAUAUACCCCUGAGGGCCCCACCUUCGCGGACCUGACACACAGACAGACAGACAGACAGAUACUACGUCAAGACCAUUCGGCUCCCUCGUUCACUCACCUGACACCUGCAGGCCCGUGGCUUUUGCUGCGGCGCCGCCCUGGUCAGUAGCACCACCAGACGGCCCGAAGCGGCCGUUGGCAGGUUUGUCAAGUGUGGUGGCGAGUGGCGGCGACCCACCAGCUGCCCCGGCCGGCUGGCUGGCGUCGGCGGCGCCCGGCAGCUGAAAGGCACGCAUGGGCUUCUGCGGCGCCUCGUAGGGCGUGAAAUUCAGACCCAAUGUCGCGUGGGUGGCCUGGUAUGGUGGGGGGAGGAGGGAGAGAGGGAGAGGAUGAUGGAUGGUGGCUGGGUUGUGUGUGUGGUGAUUUAUGUCGCCAUUCUUUUAUUAUAUGGCUGGUGGGUUUACGGACGUACGUGCUGUGGUGAGUGCAGGGCUUGGGGGACGGUCUUCUUGCGUUCGCUUGGGGGCACGUACGACUUAGCGCCCUCACCUACGGCCUUCUGAACGAAAUCCUGUUUAGCGAAAACAAGACACAGACACAAACAGACAGACACCAAAGGUAGGUCGAAUAUGUGUGCGGUGUGGCGCGGGUCGGUGGCUGGGUGACUGACUGACGUCAAGGAAUGAGAGGUCCUCAUCGACUUGCACGUCCUCACAGGAGGCGUCAUAGGGCAGCACGUCCCUGAACACAUAAAUACCACACACGCACACAGACACACACACACACACACGCGCGCAUAGGCAUAGAUAGGUGGAUGCACCCACCUAUCUGCCCAACGUGUGGUGUGUACCUCAUGAGUUGUGGGUUGGCGAGCAGCCUUUCGAGCUCGUAGCACCUCUGCUGGAUGUCGGUGGACUGGGAGCUGCGGUACCGCUGCAGCACCUCCUUCACCCCUGCUGAGUGCCACAGGGCGUUCUGCACACACACAAGAGAGAGAGGAGAAGAGACAGACGGUCGUGGGAGGUGUGCACAUUCACUCGGCCAUCCAUCCAUCCAUUCAUCCACUGUCUGUGAUUGUGUGUGGUGUGACCUGUCCGACAAGCUUGGUGAUGGCGGCAAGAAUCCAGCCGCGAGUGGCGGAGUCCUCAAAGGUCCUGAAAAACACACACACACACACAAGAUACAGAGAGGUGAACGGUCAGUCAUCCGACCCAUCCAUCCAUCCAUCCAUCUGUGUAUUCCUUGUUUCCACACCACACCACACACCUGUCGAUGGCGUCGCAGAGCAGGUCGAGUAUAUCCUCGAGGGUGUAGCCCUCGACCGUCGCCAACACACCGUACUCACCCAACACCCAACCAAUCACCUGCAGGCCAGGCCUCACACAACCCACGGACACAAGAUACAUACAUUUAGAUAGACAGACGUGUCAACUGGCGUCUGUUUGAGUGGGUGCUUGGGGUGCUGUGCCUUGCUGUGCCUUGCUGUGCCUUGCUGUGCCUUGCUGACCUGCAUGAGGAUGUCGGGAGGGUUGGUCGCCUUCUCCAGGAUCUUCAAAUACGUGUUGACCGCAUAACGCCUGAGGGACACAUCCAUCCAUACAUACACUCCUCCAUUAUAUAUGACAAUAAUGUCCACUCCCUCCCAUAUGCCUGGCCGUCUGUCUGUGGCCUGGCCAGGGUGGCUGUGCUGACCUGAAUGCUUCGUCCUGCUCUUCGUCGCCGAUGGGCCCCUCCGCAAUGAGGCGCAUGAGGUUGUACGCCGUGUCGUCGGCGAUGAGGUUGCCACCCAGCUCAAACAGAGUCGUCAGCGUGUCCAGGUACCACUGGUUGCUCGGCGCAUACCUACACACACCCAUCCAUCUUGACACGUAUGUGUGUGUGUUGACACGUAUGUGGGUUAGUGUCUGCGUGUCUGGAAGCGCGGCGCACUUUUCGGCGAGUUGGGUGAUCUUGGAGACCAGGUCACGCCUCAGAUGCUGAUCCGAUGACGCCCUGGCACACACACACACACGCACGCACAGAGAGAGAGAUAUCAUACAUACCACAUCGGCUCGUAUCAGGCCAUUCAUAUAGCUAUGGCUAGCUAAUUCAAGUGCCUCGCCCGCCUAGUUACUUGAGGUGGAAGAGCAGUUUCUCGACGACGACGGUGACGUUUUGUGGGUUGGUCAUCUUGAAGAGCAGGUCGAGCGUCUUGCGCUUGAGGGUCUCGUCGGGGUCCUCCAGACAGUCCACCACCACCAGCUGGUGCUGGGCCGCAUACAUCGGGUUCACCUGAUGGAUGGAGCAAUGAAGGUAGAUAGGCACACACAGACACGCGUGAAUGCGUCGCUCUCGACGUGUCCUCGUGGGUGUGGGGGACGGUGAGGGGGAGGGGGAGGGAGGGUGGGUGAAGGUACCUGCACGAUGGCUGCGAGGCCCGUCACGCCCACAUAUUUGAGGUUAUGGUUGUCAGCCGAUAUAAACCUGACAUUUAAACCACACACACCACACGCCACACACGAGACGAGCUACAUCCAUCCAUCGGUGAACAUGCACACACAGACGGGCCCACCUUGAGAUGGACGAGGCAGCGAUCUCCAGGAGGUUGUGCGAAGGGUAUAUCGAUGUGAUGGUCUUGACGCACUCGAAGAUGAUGGCGUAGCCCACGUUCACACCGCUGUCCGCCCGACGCAUCACCUCCUGCAGCAGCUCGUACAUCUGCUCAGACGCCUUCUGAUCCGCAUGACCCAACGUCGCCAACAUCGACAGCAGCUUCACCUGCACACACACGCCAACACACACGCACACGUGGACGGACUCAUCCGAUGGAGGGGUGGUUUGGUGGUUUGGUGUGUUGCCUGCAGCCAUGGUGCGGGCAUCCUGUGGUAGUCGAAGUCCCUCGGCAGCCGGUGCUCAGUGACCUGCUUCAAGAUGCUCACCAAGCUCGGCACCAAGUCCUGAUGUGUACACACACACGGCACGGCCAUACAUACACAAUUCUUCCGUCUGUCUGUGUGUGCGUGCGUGAGGCCGUGCAGUGUGUGUUAUGUAUGGUUGUCAUCGAUCAUGACACCUGUCUUUCUCACCUUGCAUGAGCCGGGGUUGGUCUUGGCCAGGUCGUGGAUGAGGUGCAGCGACGAACCCAUCACCGAAGGGUCAGGGUCACACAGCGCCCGCCUGCACACACACGAACGAAAAUGUCAGUCACGCGAACGCCCCGCCCCGAAACAUCACCGCCGCCCGGCCCGAGCAGUCUGUCUGACCUGAUGUGGUCCCUUGCCUCCUGGAUGACAUCUGGCUGCAGCUUGUACAGCUUGUGCAGGGCCAUGCAGGCCUUCUUCCGUACGGCCUCGUUAGUGUGGCUCAUGAGUUUGAGUAUCUGGGGGAAGAUGGCGGGGAUCAUCUCGUGGUUGACCAGCCGGCUGAUGCACGUCAGGGCAGAACACACCUCCAGGUGGUUGGCGCUGCUCAGAUCCUGCACACGUGCACACGUGAACACUGCCUCUGUUCUGUGUGCUUCAUGUGUGUGUCAUGUGUGUGUGUGUGCUGGGGUGCGUUGCUGACCCUUUGAAUGGUGUUGAUGAGCAGGAGCAUCAACUCGUGGUCCCGAUGGAGGCACAGAUUGCAGGCGAGAUAGCCUGCAACACAUCACAUCACAUCACAUCACAUCACAUCACAACACGUCAGUCAGUGUUAGGCCGCGGGCAUCUCUUAAUUGUCUUCUCUCCUCUGAUCUGUUCUGUUGGCUUGUAUACCCAUUUUCUUGCAGAUGAGGUUCCGGUCGUUGGUGAGGUUGAUGGCCUUGAUGUAGGCGAAGGAGGCGUCGUGGCCCAGCAUCUCCACGUAUAAAGCACGAACCAAAUACUCCUUCAUCUUCUUCUGAACACACACACACAUGCCCAUUCAGACAUACGUGUGCAUACGGACAGACAGACAUGGCCCUCUGUUCGUCUGUCUGUCUGUGAGUGACGACGUACGGGCGCCACUUGUGGCUCAUUGAGCCUUGACUUGAGGAUGGCCAUCUCACUCACAAUGAUCUUGUCCUCCUCCUGCAUACAAUCAAACAGACAAGCAGACAAGCAGACAGACACGCAAACAGUGAUUCAAUUAGACAGCAUCUGUCUGUCUAAUUGUGACUGUGACUGUGACUGUGAUUGUGGCUGUGGCUGUGGCUGUGCAUCCUAUCUCAUCUGCGCAUCGUAUUCUGCUGUGAUGUGUCGUCAGGCACCUGCUUUGACCUCGACUCGCCGAUGGACUUGACGAGCUCGAAGAACUCCUUGGAUAAAUGGCCGCCUGACAUGGCCGCAGCUAUCUUCGAAAGGCAGGCAACAGAAGUCGACCGCCUCACACCAUAUCGCCGUAACAGCCCAG